GGCGGGAGCGGCUCCGCGGCGCCCCGCGCCUGGCGGCGGCUCGGGGCCUCGGCGUGAGGGCGGCUGUGCGCCCUCCCUCCUCCAGCGCCUCGCCUCGGGGCCGGCCGGGGCAAGGAGGAGGGACCGGGCGGACAUGGCCAGCCCCGACAAGUGGGAGCGCCUGAGGCCGCUGCAGCUGGACACGCUGCGUGUGAGUGAGGCACCAAUGAUCGACCUGAAUGUGUACAAUGAUGCACGGCAUGUGAAAACAACUGUAGAGGCCAAAAGGCCUCGAUUUGAUGCAUCCUUGGGGCUUUUGACACGAAGAUUUAUGGCUCUUCUCAAAAAAGCUCCAGAUGGUGUCCUUGAUUUAAAUGAAGUAGCAGCAACGCUUGGAGUACGAAAACGAAGAGUGUAUGACAUCACCAAUGUGUUGGAUGGAAUCCACUUGAUUCAGAAAAGAUCUAAGAAUCUUAUCCAGUGGAUAGGUAAUAAUCUUGACCAAGUUGUUGGAAAAGCAGCAGAGCAGCAAAACCUUAAAGAUGAACUUUCUGACUUAUCAGACAUGGAAGAAGCUCUGGAUGAAUUAAUCAAGGAUUGUGCUCAUCAGAUAUUUGAACUAACAGAUGACAAAGAAAAUGCAAAACUAGCUUAUGUGACAUACCAAGAUAUCCGAAGCAUUCAGGCAUUUCAGGAACAGAUUGUGAUCGCAAUCAAAGCUCCAGAGGAAACCAAAUUGGAAAUACCAGUUCCUAAAGAAGAUCACAUAGAAGUACAUGUGAAGAGCACAAAAGGACCCAUUGACGUGUAUCUGUGUGAGGUGGAAAAAGAGAAGCCAGGUGCCAACACUUGUGAAGAUAUGGAUACUUUCACUAAUGAAACUGUUCAUUCUGAUGAAGUGAGAUCUCCGAUGGAAGAGAAAAAACCAUUUGAGAUGCUAGAUUAAUUACAACACAAAAAUCUAAUACAGAAUGUAAAUAUCUGUAUUAUAGGGCUUUUCCAAAGCUGCUUGGAUCUGCAAACUUCGUAACCUGAAAUGUUCUAAAGUGUUUUAAAAAACCAGCAGCGAAUUGGUUGAGUGCUUUCACAGGAUUGCUUAUCUUCCCAAGUCAAAAGACAAGAGUUUCUGGAGUUGCUUUUAGGAUCUUUGUUUUCUUAAUUGCAUGUGAUCUAGAGAACUUUGGGGAAAUGGUCUUUUUACCUUAUAAUUUUAAUUGACAGAAAACAUAGAUAAUAAAUUACUUCCAAGAAGGAGGGUUGGAAAACUAUUUCUGGAACAGUCCACAAUCUGUGUGAGAAUGUAUAAAAUGAAGAAAUGCACUUUUCAGUUCUGAGGCUGCACUACUAAGCAGGAUUGUCAAAUACGAGUGUAACAAAGAACUGGUGUAUUGGAAGCCUUUGUUAAAAAGAACAAGAUGUAAAUAUCCUGAGAGUUAUGCCUUACACUGUGUAGGCGCUGUUUGCAUCCAGCUCUACAUGAACUGUGGUAUCAACACUGAAGUGAAACAGUUGGGCUUUGUGUACAUACUUGUAUCAUUUCUAGGUAGUUACUGAUGUAGAUUUAUUGAGAUGGUUUGCAUUUCUGCCUUUGUACAGCAAAGAAAUAAAAUAAGCUUACAAAAAUAUUAAAUAGUCUAAUGAAACAUGUUGGGUUGCCUUUGCUGCAAUUCACUGGGUGACUACAAACAUUUUAAGCUAUGUGAAAAUUUAAAAUCUGUUUUACAUGGUGCUGUCAGAUAACACUUAGAUCUGGAUCUUGUGAUACCACAGUACUGUAGCAGUUUUCAGAAGAAUGAUCAAUAACUACUUAAAUUCGUCCCUUCCAGUUUCUAGAGUUUGCAUACAGCAGAGCUUUAGCCGAGUAUCGUGAUGUCUUUGUGGCUCAGCUUGCAAAAAUGUGUAAAAUACUUAAUGAAUGUGACUAUAUUCAUCCAUGUUUUGUGUCCAUAAAACAAAGCUGUGGAAUUUGGAUACUGGAUUUUCUAAGGGAGUGAACUCUCACUGUACAAAUGCCAUGCUUGGGCUCACUUCAUCCCAGUAUCAGAAAUGUGCACCAGAUGUUUCUGUAGGGGUGAGGUGGAUGGGGGGUGGGUUGGCAGGUUUGAUUUUAAAUGGGAAGUCCAGGUCCUUGUUUUCCUGAUCACACAGUAUUGACAACUAUACAUCUACUCACAAGUGAGAACAACAAAGCUAAUAAAGCCCUGAAUGUUUUAGCCAGCAACUCCACAGCUAUUUUAGACAGAUGCAGCGAAAUUAAAUGCUCUAUGUUCUACAACACAAAUAAUGUGGGGCAGGUGGCACUGAUGAGCUUAAAUAUACCUAAAUACAGAUUGAGAGUUAAUUCAGUUUCCCACAAGGUUCACUGAUUCUGUAAAAUGCAUUGUAGUAUACUAUGCAAAUCGGGGAAAAACACCAAGUGCAAGCUUGUGUCAGAAAGUAAUUUUGACUUUUUUUUUAAUGUCCUACCAACUUCCAGCUCCAGAAUACAGGACUUCAGUAUAGGAUACUAUUUUUUGUUGUUAUGAAAUUCAAACUACAGGCUGAGCUGUUAUAAUAAUAAAUAAAAGCAAAGUGACAGCACAGUUAAUACAUAGAAGACAGUAAAAAUGAGGAAGUGAAGCUGGGAGUGAGGACUAAAACUAAGAAAGCAUUUUUUUUGCACAGGACAAUUGUCCUUUUCCUUCAAUGACUGGUUUCUUUUCAAAUGCCAAACUCUCUAUUUGAUGUUUCUGUUUUGGUGGGUGGGGAGGUCUGUGCUGAAGAGAAGUAUUGAUUCCCCCCUACACUAGUUCAACAACUCAGGACAAUGUUUGCCAUGAAACGUGUAAAAAUUUCCAGCACUAACAACUAAUUACGAAUGCUGUAUGUUGGGAUGGGUUUUUGUUACGUGAUCAUAAAAUCCUCAAAUAGUUUGGGUUGGAAGGGACCUUAAAGAUCAUAUAGUGCCAGUCCCUCUGCUUUGGGCAGGGAUGCCUUCCCCUACAUCACAGAAUUAUUUAAGUUGGGAAGAACUCCAAGAUCAUCAACUCCAGCCUUUGACAAAACACCGCAACAUCAACUAGGAUCAUAGCACUGAGCAUCAGAUCCAGUCGUUCCUUGAACUCCUCCAGGGAUGGUGACUCCACCACCUUCCUGGGCAGCCUGUUCUAGUACUUCUCAAUGCUUUCAGUGAAGAAAUUCUUCCUGGUCUCCAACCUGAACCUUCCCUGGUGCAGCUUGGGGCCAUUUCCCCUCAUCCUGGUUGCUCAAAGCCCCAUCCAACCUGGCCUUGAACACUUCCAGAGAUGAUAAUGCAUCCACAGCUUCUCUUGGCAACCUGUUACAGUGCCUCACCACCCUCAUGGUAAAGAAUUUCUUCCUAAUAUUUAGUCUAAACCUACCCUCUCAUUCCUACCCAUUACUUACCUUAUCUGUAGAGUAAGGAAGUAUAUUUUUACAAAAUAACCAUCUUAAAAAUGUUAAGGAAGUCUCUUCAACAUCAGAACAGUUCAUUUAAAUGAAACAUUAGGAUUUUUCUGACUUUUUUUGCUGUGUAAUUAAUUUUUUAACCACACAAUUGUCACAGUGAAACAGGAGAAGCUGUAAUAUGACAAUUAUUAAGUACAUCUGUUGUUUUAAUAGUGCACCUUCAGUGGAACGAAUGGACUUUUGAAGAUUAAACCACUGUUGUUACUACUUGGUUACAUACAGUGUUACCCAUUGGUGAUGCUGGAAAACAAUGUACUAUAUAAGCUCAGUGCGCUAACUAGCUGAAAAGAUUCAACCUGGACUUGAAAAAUUCCUGAGUGAUGCUGAACUUACAUGCAAGUUACAAGCUCACUUGUAAAUGUGACCGGACCUAACUCUGAAUUUGUAUAAUAAUGCUUGAUUUUUUUCUGAGAGAUUAUUAUUUUUGUUGAGUCCAUAUCUGUCCAUUUUCAGUAUAUUUGUAUGUGUAAGAAGCUCUCUUGGCUAUUUGAGGACUCUAAUAAAUUAAAAGGCUCUAAUAAUC